AUGACCCAUCAGGAACCUCUACUACAACACGCUAGUGUUGUCGAUGGCUGGUUCAGAGAGGUCAAUGACGUCGGGUUCCCCGGGCAAGCCUUCGCUCUACGGGUCAAACGGAUUCUUUACACUGGACGCAGCGCGUUCCAGGAUAUCCUUGUGUUCGAGUCCACGGACUUUGGCAACGUGCUUGUCCUCGACGGAAUCAUCCAAUGCACGGAACGGGACGAGUUUGCUUACCAGGAGAUGAUUGCCCAUGUACCUCUGUAUUGCCACGAAACCCCACGGAGAGUGCUUGUCAUUGGCGGCGGAGACGGCGGUGUCGUUAGAGAGGUCCUCAAACACUUCUGUGUGGAGCAUGUCACACUUGUCGAGAUUGACGAGACGGUGAUCGAGUUGUCCAAGAAGUUUCUUCCUGGGAUGAGCGUUGCCCUCAAUGGGGGGGACGACCGGUUCGAAUUGAAACUGUGCGACGGGUUCCAGUACCUGAGAGACACACCCGCGGGCACGUUCGACGUCAUCAUCACGGAUUCUUCGGACCCUGAGGGCCCCGCGGAGGCGUUCUUCCAAUCGGAGUACUUCAAAUUGCUUCAUCAGGCGCUCGCACCGGAGGGCAUCGUCAUUGCUCAGGCCUCAGAGAACGUUUGGUUGAACCUCAAUUACCUCGGCCGGCUGAUGGAAACGGCCCGUGGAGUCGUUCCCCNAACGUUAAUUACUGACUACACAAUCGGUCCCAGUUACCACCGNUCGGGCCAGCUCGGUCUUGUCGUGUGCAGUAAAGACAGCUCGUUACAGCUCACAGACCCUGCAAGAGUACCAACUGAGCAGGAGCAAACCAAGCUGAAAUACUACAACAGGGCCAUACAUGGAGCAUCAUUCGUGCUCCCUACUUGGGCCAGAGCACCUCUCGAGGGCUCGAAGCAGCUGGAAUCCUGCCUAUAA